AUGAUACCCACCCCAGAUCUAUCACAUCUCACAAGCCAGGACUAUGACCAAGUUUACGAACCUGCUGAGGAUACAUUUUUACUUCUAGACGCCCUUGAAGAAGACGCGAAGAAUCUGAGAGAUAUCAACGCAUGUGUUUGCCUGGAAGUAGGGAUCAGGCUGUGUCUCGAGCUUUAUUGGAAAAAUUCUUGGCCCUUCCUCUACCUAUGCACCGAUAUAAACCCUCAUGCGUGCAAGUGCACUGUUCUGACCGGAAAACAGAACCAUAUUGACCUCAACGUGGUUAAUGGUUCCCUGGUAGCACCUUUCGGUACCCGCCUAGCCAAUAAUGUUGACGUCCUCUUGUUCAACCCACCUUAUGUACCGACGUCGGAGGAAGAAGUAUCAGAUGCGCAGCUAUCCCGGGAGCUAGGUGGAUCAUGGGCGGGGGGUUCUGAUGGUAUGCGAAUAACCAACGUGUUAUUGGGCCGUGUAGAGGGCUUGUUAUCCCCAGAGGGUCGUUUCUACCUCGUUGCCUUGAAGCAAAACAACGUCCCCCAAAUAGUUGACACCAUGCGCCAAAAAUACGGGUUCUUAGGCGAGGUCGUGCUACAACGCCGAGCAGGGCGUGAACAUUUGUUUAUUAUUCGCUUUGUCCGGGAAAGUAAGAACUCGAGCUCAUGA